UUCAUUUGUAAAUAUGGCUCGUUUGGCAGAUGUCAGCUGGAAGUUUUUGGAAUUCAAAUCCAGAGCAAAACGUUCAGGUUUGACUUAUUCACGUGCAUGGCCGUUUGCCACUGGUUAAUAUAUAUACUGCUUGUGUGCUGUGGACCAUGUAGGUUAAUAUUUGGUUAGUUCCUUUUUCAACAUGUUGUUAUUAGCUAAACGGAGUAAGAAGACAACCCUUCCCCCCGCUGGACUUCUCCGAGUUAAGGGUGGAGGUCAUCGUAAAUGCUACGCUAGUGUAUUAAACUGUUUUAAGCACAGCACUGGUUGGCUUCAUUCAAUCCUUCGUGAUAUUAAAGUGCAGCUUGCAAUGGUCAUCAUUAACCUUUGCUAUAAGUACAUGUAUUUUAUUUUUUUAAAGCAGUUAAUAUAGGCUACAUUCUAAUUUCUACAGGUACUAAUACACCUUUAUUUGAAGAUUCCUUUCUCUUAUUAUUUGCUGGUUCCGUGGAUCUGACAACUGAUGCACAUUAUAUUGCAAUCAAUGUCAUUGCAGCAUAACGCCUUUUUUUGCGGGGUGGAAGGUGGAAUAAGCUUCGCUAUCGUUUCGACGUAUUAAAGUAGUUAAGCAGUGCAUACCUCUCUGAUGAAUAUUAUCUUCAAUUAUCAUAUUGUUUCCGGAUAUUAUUUCCAAUAUUUCAGUAAGAGCCCUGUAACGUUUUAUUUAACGUUUAUUUAUUUAUUUAUGCAUGUAUUUAUUUAUUGGAUAUUAAAUCUAAAAACUAUAAACGCACUUAAAUGAAAUGGCUUUACACAACAAUAAGGAGAACAUUGACUACAUUUCACACAGGCUCGUUAAACUUAAAGUCCUACCACCGAUUACAGGGCAGGUUUUGAGAUACUGUGGAAUUCAGCACUUAAGAGAUUCAGUUUUAAUCUUACAAUAUACUGUAGAUCAGCUUAAAAGACAAAACAAAUUAUAUCAAACAUUUUCCAACUAUAUAUUCUAAAACUUUGUAAAACAAAUACCUCUAGUUUUUUGUUACUAUUCUUUUUGAUGGUAGUGUCACCAUAAUGAAAAUAAACUGGGAACCGUGCAGUGAAUGAAAAAUAAACAAGUAGGAAAGAUCAGGGGGAAAAAACGAAAAUCACAGAACGUGUUAAAGUUUUUCCCUGUUGCUUGUGUGUUUAUUUUUGCUUUUGCAAUAACCUUGCUAACUGUACGUGCUGUGUUAUUUGAUGUUAAUUGUCCUUAACCAUUACUAACCGUUUUUGCAAAUUGCUAUAGUUUAGCUGAAAGACGAUCAAUCAUAAACUAUACCAAUUGAAAAUGUCACGCUUCGGAGAUGACAGCCCGAGUUCUGGUACUAACCAGGCGAGAUAUGGCUCUGUAUAUGAACCAUUGAAGAGCAUUAACCUUCUAAAAGAAGAUGGCGAGACUCUGUGGGAUAAACUGGACAAGUACUAUAGUGCCAUUAAAUCAACUGUACUGAACUACCAAAGCCCUACGACUGGCCUGUUCCCCAUCAAGACCUUUGCUGAGUGCAAUGAAGCUAAAGUCCGGGAUAACUUGUACUGCGCUGCAAGCUCUUGGGCCCUGGCCCUGGCAUACAGGCGCAUUGAUGAUGACAAGGGAAGGACUCAUGAGCUGGAGCAUUGCGCUAUAAAAUGUAUGAGAGGGAUCCUGUACUGCUACAUGCGCCAGGCUGAUAAGGUAGAGCAGUUUAAGAAAGAUCCUAGUCCUUCGAAAUGCCUUCAUUCAGUAUUCAACAUACACACGGGAGAUGAAGUUUUGACCUAUGACACAUACUGUCAUCUUCAGAUUGAUUCAUUGUCUCUCUUCCUGCUGUAUCUUGUGGAGAUGAUCUCUUCUGGAUUACAGAUUAUCUACAAUACAGAUGAGGUUGCGUUCAUUCAGAAUCUUGUGUUCUGUGUGGAAAGAGCUUACCGGGUACCUGACUUUGGGAUGUGGGAGAGAGGCAGUAAAUACAACAACGGAAGCACUGAACUUCAUUCAAGCUCUGUUGGCCUUGCAAAAGCAGCUCUAGAAGCAAUCAAUGGAUUCAACUUGUUUGGAAAUCAGGGCUGCUCGUGGUCUGUCAUUUUUGUUGAUCUCGAUGCUCAUAACAGAAACAGACAGACUCUGUGUUCACUUCUCCCAAGAGAGUCAAGAUCCCAUAACACUGAUGCUGCUCUGUUACCGUGUAUCAGUUACCCUGCGUUUGCUGUGGACGACGACGCCUUAUAUAACCAAACCCUGGACAAAAUAGUGCGCAAGCUGAAAGGGAAGUACGGAUUCAAGCGGUUCCUCAGAGAUGGGUACAGAACUGCUCUGGAGGACAAAAACAGGCUGUUCUACAAACCUGCAGAAAUUAAGCUCUUUGAUGGAAUUGAGUGCGAGUUUCCAUUGUUUUACAUCUUCAUGAUGAUUGAUGGUGUUUUCAGAGGAAAUACUGAACAAGUAAAGGAAUAUCAGACACUAUUGAAACCAGUGCUUUUUCAGUCAUAUGAAGGCCAUGCUGUUGUACCAAAGUAUUACUACGUGCCGGCGGACUUUGUUGAGGCAGAGCAGAAGAACCACGGGAGCCAGAAGCGAUUUUCCAGCAACAGCGGCCGUGAUGGAAAGCUCUUUCUAUGGGGGCAGUCCCUCUACAUCAUAGCUAAAUUGCUGGUUGAUGGUCUGAUAAGCCCCAGAGACAUCGAUCCUAUACAGCGCUACGUGCCACCGGAGCACCAGCGGAAUGUCAGCAUGAGGUACUCCAAUCAGGGACCUCUUGAAAACGAUGUGGUGAUUCACGUGGCCCUGAUUGCAGAGAGCCAGCGACUGCAAGUUUUCCUGAACACCUACGGUAUACAGACACAAACCCCUCAGCAGGUAGAACCCAUACAAAUAUGGCCACAGCAGGAGCUUGUCAAGGCUUAUCGUCACCUGGCAGUAAACCAGAAGCUGGAAUUGUCCGGACGACCAGAGAGACCUGUUGGGUGUAUUGGGACAUCUAAGAUCUAUCGAAUCCUAGGAAAGACUGUGGUUUGCUACCCAAUCGUCUUUGAUUUAAGUGACUUCUACAUGUCCCAGGAUGUCAUGUUGCUGAUUGAUGAUAUCAAGAAUGCAUUGCAGUUUAUCAAGCAGUAUUGGAAAAUGCAUGGGCGCCCUCUUUUCCUUGUGCUUAUUCGAGAAGACAAUAUAAGGGGCAGUCGAUUCAAUCCAGUCUUAGACAUGCUGGCUUCCUUCAAGCAAGGAAAUGUGGGGGGAGUCAAGGUUCAUGUGGACAGACUGCAGACUUUGAUAUCUGGAGCAGUGGUGGAGCAGUUAGACUUUCUACGAGUUAACGAAUCAGAAGAACUACCAGAGUUUAAGAGUUUUGAGGAGCUGAAACUACCCAAGCACUCAAAGGUAAAGCGACAGACCAGCACCCCCAAUGCAUCUGACCUGGAGCAGCAGCCUGAAAUCAAUAUCAAUGACUGGAAGCAAACACCCACAUUCGAGAUCCUUCAAAAACUUGAUGACUGCAGCUGCCUUGCAAGCCAAGCUCUCCUUGCCAAUAUACUAUUGAAAAGGGAAGGCCCUGAUUUCUAUACUAAAGAAGGCACUGUCAUGGAUCUGCUGGAGAAAAUUUACAGAAGAGCUGGAACCAGAAAACUUUGGUCUGUUGUACGACUAGCUGCCAGUCUGUUAGGUAAAAUAGUGGACAGCCUUGCACCGUCUAUUACUAAUGUUUUAGUGCAGGGUAAGCAGGUUACUUUAGGUGUUUUCAGUCAUGAAGAGGAGGUGAUUUGUAAUCCUCUGUCUCCUGGAGUCAUCAAGGACAUUAUCUAUAGCAAGUGCAACCCCUACGGUGAGCGAGAAGCGGUUGUUCAGCAAGAGCUUGUCAUUCACAUCGGCUGGAUCAUCUCCAACUCCCCAGAACUCUUCAGUGGCAUGUUGAAAAUACGAGUUGGAUGGAUCAUCCAUGCCAUGAAACAUGAACUCAAAAUCCGUGCAGGAGACAUGCCAGCCCAGGACUUAUAUCAGCUGUCGCCUAGCGAAAUCAAACAGCUUCUCCUGGAUGUUCUGCAGCCUCAGCAUCAAGGAAGGUGCUGGCUGAAUAGGCGGCAAAUUGAUGGCUCCCUCAACCGAACUCCUCUGGGGUUCUAUGACAGACUGUGGCAGAUUUUGGAGAGGACUCCAAAUGGCAUUAUGGUUGCUGGCACACAUCUUCCACAGCAACCCACUUUGUCAGACAUGACCAUGUAUGAGAUGAACUUUUCUCUGCUGGUGGAAGACAUGCUGAAGAAUAUUGUUCAGCCAGAGUACAGACAAAUUAUUGUUGAGCUGUUGAUGGUUGUGUCCAUUGUCCUGGAAAGGAACCCUGAGUUGGAAUUUCAGGACAAAGUGGAUUUGGAUAAACUAGUGAAAGAGGCUUUUAAUGAUUUCCAGAGGGACAGAAUCAAGCUGGAGGGAAUGGAAAAAACGGAUGAAAUGACCGCUUUUUACAACACCCCUCCACUGGGCAAGAGAGGAACUUCAAGCUACUUGACUAAGUCUGUGAUGGUCGCUUUACUGGAGGGGGAAGUGAAGCCCAGCAACGAUGACCCCUGCACAGUCAGCUGAACAUGAGCCGAUGAAUGGUGCAAAGUGUGUGAGACAGUUUGCGUUAAGUUACUGUAUUGAGUAUGCUGUAUUUUGCAUUGUUGCAUGAAUAGAACUUUUGAAUAUUUCCAACAACCAAAACUCUUUUCUCAAAAAAAGUGCAGCCUAGAGCACAUGUUUAACAGUUAAAGAGCAAUUGAAUAAGUUAGGUUUGUUAGAAUUUUCCAGUCUGAUGAAGGAAAAAAAAAAAAACAGAAAAGAUAUCUGAUACAAAAUAAAGUUAAGUAGUCUAAAGACUGAACUUCGGUAGAUUGAAUGAUUUCCAGUACUGCGUGAUAAAUUGAAUACUUUUGUUAUUUCCUGUAGUUCAGAAAGAUUUUACAAAUCUGACACUAAUAUCUAAAGCAGUUGUUAGCAAAAUAGGCUUAUUUGUGUGAAACAAAACAAAUGCUACAAUAAUUAAAGUAAAAGUAAAAAUACUGAUAAACCAUCUGGUUGCAACAGAUAAGGUGGUAGAUAAAUGAAGAUAAUAUUUAAUUUGAACAUAAAUACAGUAGCUCAGUUUUUUUUUUUGUUCUGUUAACACUGCGUUAUGUUGAGCGCAUGUGCACGUUGCACUAUGUUUUGUGGAUUCUGAUGUUUCUCUGUAAGCAGGAUUGCCAAAUAAAUUCCUUACAAAAUCUCUUUGUGUAAAUCUUUUUUCUUUUUUUUUUUUUACUGGGCCAAUUUAAUCAAGCUGCCGUUAUGCCUGGGAUAGUGCCAUCUGGCAGUUCUUUGAAGUAGAAAGAAAUGGUGCAGUUACAAAAAAAUAAGCUUUUUUUUUUUUAAAGAAAGUGUAUGAAAUGGAUAAUGUGAGGUGAAUAUACGUGUAAAUACAUUAGCCUGGAUGAAUGUCACAUGGAAAAUUGUAUUUUUACAAAUCAAAUUGAUAAUGUAAAAAAAAAUACUUCGUCACAAUAAAUCUUCCGGUAAUACUCUAUGUGACAAUAAAUCUACCGGUAAGGAGGCUGUGUGGUCCAGUGGUUAAAGAAAAGGGCUUGUAACCAGGAAGUCCCCGGUUCAAAUCUCACCUCAGCCACUGACUCAUUGUGUGACCCUGAGCAAGUCACUUAACCUCCUUGUGCUCCGUCUUUCGGGUGAGGCGUAGUUGUAAGUGACUCUGCAGCUGAUGCAUAGUUCACAGACCCUAGUCUCUAUAAGUCGCCUUGGAUAAAGGUGUCUGCUAAAUAAACAAAUAAUAAUAAUAAUCACUUUAUGUGAAAUUCAUUACUAGUGUGUCUGAAAAUAACAUCUGUGUAUGUUUAUGUAAAACUAAAAAAAGAAAACUAAAUAUGGUAAAACCAGAAGCAGUUCAAGUGUAUUUAUGUUGCUGAUAAAAGUUGAAAUCAUACUAAAAAAAAAAAAAAAAAAUCACUAUUUA